UGUAUUCGCUGUUGUUUUUGUCUCCUGAUCGUCGUCGAUUUACUUUGUUGAAGGUUUUGUACGAUUUUGGGGCCAGACGAGCUCAGAUUUGACGGAGAUUCAGUUUUGGGGGGAGGGGGUGAGCAAAAGGUGCAUUCGUCUGUUUGUUGUCGAUUUUUGGGUUAUUAUGUUGGAUGUUUUGUACCAUUUUGGGCAAGACGAGCUUACAAUUUGACGGAAUUCGAGUUUUAUGUGAUUAGCUCGGGUGAUUUUUGAAAUUUAUUGGGGGGCGGGGGCAUGGCAUCGACAGUAUAGUGGAGAAAUUGCAGAGCAUAGAUGCGAGUUUUGCACAGGGUAUAUGUGUUGCUUAGGUACAUGCGAUUUUGCACGGAUUAUCUGGUUGAGUUCAAUUGGAAUUAGCUUGGUUAUUCUCACACACUCAAUUUUUGUAAAUUAGGAUGAGUUUUUAUAUUGGAUUACGCUGCUUGUCUGUGAGGUGGGUUUGUGUGGGGAUGUUGGUGAUUUAGUUUCAUUUUUCCAUGAACAGUAUGUUUCCUCCUCUGUUCGUCGUCGAUUUUGGUUUAUUUUGUUAAAUGUUUUAGACCAUUUUUGGGCGAGACGAGCUCACAAUUGAUGGACAUCCGAGUUUAUGCAACGAACUCGGGGUGAUUUUUGAAAUUUAUUGGGGGUGGGGGUGGGGGCAUGGCAUCGAUAGUACAGUGGAUAAAUUGCAGAUUGUAGAUGCGAGUUUGCACAGGGCAUAUGCGACUUUUUGCAUGGAGUGUCAUGUGGUUGAGUUCAAUAGGAAUUAGCUUGGUUAUCCUCAUUGGUAGAGUCUGUAUACUAUGCGGAUUACGCUUGCGAUUUUUGAAAUUCUUUUUGUGGAAUAUGGGCAGGGUGAGAGGUGACUGGGGUACACACGAAUCUACUGAUAUCCAAGUAUUACUGGAUAGCGUUUUUGGAUUUUGCGAGUCAGUGCACAUCUACUUGUCUGUGAGGUGGUCUAUGGGGAUGGGGCGAGAGAGAGCAGGGCCCUCAAAUGGCUUAGGCGAAUAUGAGGACACCCAAGGUGAAGGCUUGCAUGAUAUGGAAAAUCAAGAGGGAUGCUCUAAGGACAAUGAUAUGCUGAGCUCAGAUUUAUCAAUUGGCUCUGAUUCUAGCAGCAGUGAUGGUGAUACAAAUAUGCAGAAGUUGUAUGCUCGUGAGCGUGCUAAGUUGAAGGAUCUGAAGCGCAAGAUUGAAAAGUCACUUCAUACCAAUGCCCAUCAUGAGAAUUUUGCAAAUUAAAGGAUGCUUUUACCAGAUUCUCUGUUAAGUUGUACUCAUCUGUCCUUGAUGCACUUGAUGAAUAUCAGAAGUCUGUUAUCUCAAAAUAUGGGCUUGCAUCUUUGCUACUAUUCCAGAAAUGCACUGUACCUAACAAAUUCGCAAAGUGGCUUGCACGCCAUGUGGAUUGGAAGUCGUCUCAGAUCUCUAUUAAUGGAAAUGUUGCCCCUCUCACCCCUGAGUAAGUUCAUCUUGUAUUGGGUUUGCCGAUUGGUGGCAAUUCAUUUCCACCCAUUGCUACUUCUAAUUCUGUGAAGUCUAAGAUUCUAUCAAUGUUUGGCAAGAAUUCAAUGCCUCAAGUGCACUUCUUUGCGAACAAGCUAAUAAACAGAGAUCCCAUGUCUGAUCAGGAGAUAGUUAUAUGUUUCAUGCUCGUAGCUUUGAAUAGUUUUCUCUGUCCAAAUUCAUCUCUUACACCAAGCUCCAGUUAUCUCGGUGCAUUUGAUGACAUUGAAAAGGUUAAGGAUUUUGACUGGUCGAAGCUUGUAUUGGAUUGGUUGCUAGAAAAAGUUAAAGAUUUCACUAGAAGUAGCAAGGUUCAAAAGACUCUUGGUGGUUGCCUAUACUAUCUGGCUGUAGUUUAUCUUGAUUCUAUUGACUUUGGGAACCGGCAAGUGCUUGGUGGGAUGCCAUGGAUUGCAUUUUGGAAGGAUAAAAUGAUCAAAACAUUUUCUGAGCUUGAUAGCACUGGACCACGGUAUGGACAUAGGCAGCUCCUUUGCCCUACAAAAACUUGUUAUGCAAAGCAUUUAAUAGAUACAGGAAAUGAUGCAUCAUCUUCUGUAGCUAAUUCUGAAUUCAAGUUGAAGCUUGAUGAGUGUUGUGGGGGCCAGUUGCUAGAAUGCUUGAAGAAUGAUAUAUGCAAGCUGAUGAACACAUUCAUGCAGAAAUCAAUUGGUUCCGCUAAUCUGGAUGUUAGCCUCAUUGGGGAUGCACUUGAUGAAAUGAGAUCUACUAUAUCAAGAAUUCUGAAUCAGUUUCGAAGUGUUGAUAGUGCUGUCCAGCAUCUGGUGCUAGAAGUGUUGGAACUAGUUCAUGGAUUCAAUAAUCGUGCUGGUAAUGAUGACUCAAUCAGGCUGGAAGUUUCAAAGGAUACCUCUGCAUAUGAUCACCAUGCAAACACAUCAGCUGGUCAGGACCAUUUGACUGAAGGCACUAUAAAUGUGAGGCAUAAUCAUAACAGCCUAACAAGACACGUGCCAAUCUCUUCCACAUUUGUGUCUCCACGGCCUGUUCAUACAUUUUCAUCUAGACUGCCAAGAUGUGCUCCCUCAGCAGGUGUUUAUGAGCAGAUGAAGGCAAGAUCUGAACUUUGCCGCAAUUAUGCCACUGAAACAGAAAUUGCAUCUUUGAGGGACCCCAGAUGCAUUAUUAGUGAUGAUGAAGGUAGUCGACCACCCAAGAAGGCUAGGUCCUGUACUCCAGCAAAAAAGGCAGUGUCACCUAGUGAUUUCAUAUGUAUUGAGAGUGAAAACAGUCCUGCCACUGAUUCAGCUACACUAUAUGUUAACCAAAGUAUACCCAGAUUUUGCUCCCAAAAGUUUUAUUCUUACUACACACGGAGGGAUGAAGCAUCAGGUCAAUGCUCUGUUCGUAAUCCUUUGACUCCUAUUCCAUUGGAUAAUCUAGAAGCAUCUACUGAUGUUUUGCAAAUAAUCACUCCAAGGCUCACCAAGACUACCAACAGUUUGCCAAGGAAACGCUUCAGUAAUGACAACAAUGAAGUGUAUAUAACAGUUCAAAGCUCCCCUGAAGUUGAAAUUAUUGGCAACAAGAGCAUGCAAUCAAGGAUUCAUGAUAUGACAAAGAAACUUGAUAUGGCCUACAACUCGAAUUUGACUGCCAAUGAGACAAGAAACAAGAAUCCUGACACGACAUAUACUCAUGUUUCUCCUGAAGAUGUAGCCCCAUCUGAAGAUGAUGGUGAUGCUACACAACAGAAAUCCUCAACAGGUGGAAAGGUACCACAUUAUGGUCCGAGGCGAUUGGUGAAACCAACUAUAGUCAUGGGCAAUUCAUAUGAAAAUAUCAGGACUUCAUGGAGAGUGUCAUCUUUGGAGUAUGAUAACUAUGAAGCUAUUUGCAAUCUUGCUUCAUCCAACUUCAGCAAUGAGACUGCUGUUGACCUUGGUGGAGUGCACUGCACUUUCUGGUCUCUUGGGCAAUCCCUCGGGCCUCAAGGUUUUGUUAAUAAUUUUGUAUUAGCAACGUUCUGUCGCCACCUUUUUCUGGGCCCAGGUGGUCACCCAAGUGCUUCAAAGAAACAUUAUUUCUUCCCAAGUGUAUCUGAUAACCUAUUAAAAGAAAUUGAAGAAGCUGACGAAAAAAUCUUAAUGAAUGCAUUUACCAAGUCGACUAAAGCAAAAGCUCUUCAAUCAUCAAAUAUGCUUUUCUUCCCAACCUGCUAUCAAGGCCAUUGGUUUGUUUUUAUUGUUGACAUAAAGGACCAUUGUUUUGUUUUCCUGGACUCUCACUACAGUUCAGAAGAUGAGUUCCACUCACAUGUGAGGGAAAUGAUGGUGCGAUCUUUUGCAUUUCACUGGAACAAGUAUAUCACUGGAACAAGUAUAUUAAAGCAGAGAUGCCAUUUGAUGCGUUUGAAAUUUUGUAUCCUGAUAUGCCUAAGCAUGGCGCAGAUACGAUGUAUGACUCAGGUAUAUAUGCAAUGAUGGCUCUUAAGUAUUGGAUUUCCCCACGCACUUUGCUAUCAGCUAUUUUCCAGCCAAAAGAUGCACCAAGAAUCAGAGCCAAGUUUGCAAAUGACCUGGUUUUUACACAAACAAACACUGGGAGAAAGGAUUUGAUCUCUUCGUACCAUAUGCAACAAGAAUAAUACUCAAGUCGCAAGUAGAGGAAGCAAGGAGAGACUCCAUUUUUGUUCGAAAUGAUCAUUUUUUUCGAAUACGGUGACCCCAUUUUUGUUAUGUGGCACGCAUACGAAAGACAUACAUGUCGAUAUUACAGUUUCCCAUACAUAAAUAUAACUCCAUAUGACUAGAGUACUAUAUAGAUAUGCAUGCUGUUCUAUGCCCUGCGUUCUUCAACCCUCUUGUGUUCCUUUUUUGUGACAUUUUGCUUUUGCUUACUCUUGCACUCCACUUGCUGUAGAACUUGCUUUCUUCCUUUUAUUUGGAUUCUGAUCAGUGCCUGCAAAUUUACAACUUUUUAAAAACAUGAUUCGUUCUUUUCUGCAAAUGAUUAUGUUUCAUGUGUAUCAGAAUAGUACAAUAAUUUGUUUCACAAAUGAUCCCAUAAACCAUAACUUCUGUUGGUUUCUUGUUUGCAUUCCUCUUCUUCUUUUUUGCACUCUGUUCUUUUAUCUGCUCUAUCAGUGUUGUAAGUCUUUUUGCUUUCCGUGGCCGGCCAGUCUGUUUGAGUUUUAUUGGAUCAUUCACAACCACUUGAUCUCCACCACUUUGUAAGGUAUUUGCAGGUAUAGAAGCAGUGUCAUGGCCACUAUUGCUUGCUGCCUGGGUGCUGUUCAUACCUUGCCUGGACAAAAUACCAUCUACUUCGACGUUCAACUCCUGAAACUUUGACAGAAGUAUAUGAGAGCACAAUAUGCCAUCCUUGCUGAACUUCCCACAUAUGCAGUAGUUCUCGUCACAUGUGUUACGAUGGGCAUAAAGCCAGCUAAGAACCCAUGGAAGGCAAAGAAAUAAUGAGCAUCAUGCCUAUCCUUGAACUCCAUCCCAAUCUGAGUACAAUCAUGCUGUGUUGAAACAUCAACUGGCACAUGGUCUUCAUGAUGGUCUGGCUGGGCCUCAUCCUGCAAGUGCAUGUUGUCGAAAAUGUCAAGCUGAGUUUGAGGCUCAUCAUAUUCAUAAGCUUCAUGAUUCAUCCAAUUUGAAGUUGAGAUGUCCUAAUAUAUGCAUGACCACAACAGUUAGAUUACCUGUACUCCCACAGUAGUAUCAGUUCUCUCUUGAGAGUUUCUAAUCUACUCAUACAUCAGCCCAGUGUAGCCUCCCUGUGAAACACAGUUAAAAUCAGUUACAGUAAUCAAAAGCCUCCAGCAGGUGCGCAUUGGCUGCUGUUGGAUAAAUUCUUUUGCUAACUCCGUGACUGGAGUUUUUUGACACCUGACAUGUGCAAACUGGUUGCCUCUGCUACUUGAUCUAUUCCGGAUGAGGAACUGCAGUAGCUUUGAGAUUCUGGAUAUUUCAAACAACCAAAUCUCUGGAGAAAUCUUACAACAUAGCUCACAUUCAGGUUUGCCAUACUAAUUCACCAGAGAUGGAUUUCUUCAGUGAAUAUGACGAUGCCAACAGAAAAUAUUCAUUUUGUUUCAGUUCUCGAAGAAGUUUAAACAGAAACAGCUGUGCCAAGAGGUGCAUUUGGUUCAUUGGUUGCCGAGGUUUGCUGGGACCAGCUUGGUAUUUUCAUUUGGGUAUGCCGCUACAUAGUACCACAACAAGUUGGCUGCUGUAUGUUUAGAAGAAAGAUACAGACUAGCUACCUACUAUCUGUUCGUACGUGUGUCUUCAUUUCCCCCUGAUUUAAUGCUUGAUUUUUCCUUCUCUCAGACGUCGUUCAGAAAAUAUGUGGUCUAAUCAAAUAAUGGACGCACGAAAAUUCUUAACAUGACACCUGCAAAAAUUACCUACAAAGCCUGAUAUUUGAACUGCAGCAGAAAAUGCAAUAUCUUUUUCAGAUGCUCUGAGAGCUCCGAGUCAAUGCCCCCCUCAUCGAUCUUUGCCGCCGACAGGUCACAGAAAAGCAUUGAUCUGCAUGUGGCCUUAUCUGAAUUAAAAAAUUUGUCAUGAUGCAGUGCGUUAGAGACUUCCUUCUUUUAUUCUCAAGUAUGCAGCAUGUUUUCUCAGGUGUCCUUGGCGAUCAUUGUUGUCAGAUUCAAAAUGGAAGGGGCAGAGGAUUGGAGCAAUGUAUAUGGUAUUGAUUUGGCUCAGGCUCAGGCCACUACUUGGUAGAUUGGGCAUAAGGGAGGGAGAAAGAGGAAAGAAAAGGAAAAAGGAAUGCAGCAUGCAUGUUCCAGCAGCUUUGAUAGCUCCAGCAGGUCAGGUUCAUCAUUGUGGUUGAUGAACACAACAUACAAGUUUCUAUGUACUGAACAUCCAAAAGGAAUGCAGCAUGCGUGUUCCAGCAGCUUUGAUAGCUCCAAUAGGUCAGGUUCAUCAUUGUGGUUGAUGAACACAACAUACAGGCUUCUGUGUAAUCUAAUCAUUUUAGACUGUCUUAGAUACUUCAUUGGGCACUGCACGUUAAACUGGUUUAUCAAGCUUCUAUGUACUGAACAUGCUAGCUACUGCUAAUUGUGUUGUGCGCUGAGCUUUGUGAGAUACUAUGUAUCAAUGGAGUUCACUUUGCCUAAA